AUGACAGCUAACAAUAAAACCACUUCAGAGGUUUUAUUCAUACAUCAACAGAUAUUCCAUGUGCUAGAUGCACCAAUGCUGACAAAAUUUGCCAUAGCUCUGUUAGUGGCACUGUUCUUUGUGUAUGUCAAUGGGGUUCUGCUCUUUGUACUGUGGAGUAAACCUGUGUUUAAGGAGACUCCUCGCUACAUUCUUUUUGCUCACAUGUUACUCAAUGAUUCUAUCCAGCUGCUAAUAUCUCUGAUUCUUUAUAUCUGUUCGCUGGCUUUCCUUCAGCUGGCCAAGGUUGUUUGCUUUCUUUUAGUUUUUGUGGCCACGUCCACCUUUAGUAACGCUCCUUUAAACCUGGUUGUGAUGUCUCUAGAACGCUACGCAGCUAUAUGCUUUCCAUUAAGACACAGUGAGAUAGCUACCCGGAGACGGACUUGCGUUGCUAUAGGCGUGAUCAGGAUUAUCGGCUCUAUCAACUUCAUGAUCGACACUCUUUUUGCGGUGGUGACGGAACCGAAAUCUUUCCACUUGCUCAUGUUUUGCACCAGGGAGAGAACCUUCAUAGCUCCGUGGCAGGCAGAUAUGUAUCUAGCUUUUAACGUGUUUUACUUUGUUUCAGUGACAGUCAUCAUUGUUUUUACAUACAUCAGCAUCAUAGUCGCAGCAAGGUCUGUCUCCACAAAUAAAGAAUCUACUAAGAAAGCCCACAGGACGGUAUUACUACAUCUUAUUCAGCUGGGCCUGUGUCUCACCUCUUUCCUGUAUGGAACUAUUGAGCGAAUAUUGGCAAUGACAAGUAACAGCAAACUGUUUUCGGAUCUUCGUUAUCUAAAUUUCCUCAUUGUUCUCCUUCUUCCUCGAUGUCUUAGCCCACUCAUAUAUGGCCUUAGAGAUGACGCUGUACGGAAUUUGUUUCGACACUACUUUUGUUGUCGUUCUGCUGAGAUCAAGCCUGUUCGCAUUAACCCUACGUUCACACUGGGAGGGGCGAGAGCGUCAAAAUUAGCUCUACUAGGCCUACCAACGCUGUCGAACGCUGUGGACGCUCUGACGUAG